UACAUUUGGGUCUCUCUCUCUCUCCUGCCGUAGGCUACUUCAGCCUCUUGAGGAGGGCGUACCGAAAAAUGUGACUCAGUAGUCCUAUGUUUGAUGAAUUUCCUCAGCUAGGUUGAUUCAAUAUUUUUGGGUAAUGUACAAUACGUGCAGUGUCGCCUCCACCACGUUGCGUAUCAAAAACUUGGACGACACAUUUGGCUACGCAUCGACACACAAUGGCGGCCGAAGCGUAGCGAUGCGUAGCCUUGUGGACGCGUAUGCGUACCGACGCGUUGACUCUGUAACGGCCCUAAGUCCGUCCCUGAAGCUCCUGCCGCGUCAGGUGACACUGCAGCUGCCACACACCAUGAUGACCCGAUCGUUAACGUUACCGUUACAGAAAACCAGCCUGAAAAGUCUACCGCAACGUUACUGUUGUUACCUGGUGUGUGUGUGCUGUGUGUGUCCGGCGUGCUGCUGGCACGACCUGGACAACAGCGAGUACGACUGCUGGCCGCUGGAGAAACCCAACGAGUACAACAUGGUGGAGUGUGGAGCACCAUCGCUGUCCAUCAGCUGUCGCUGUCCGUGUUCUAUAGUAAACGCCGAAGCAGCUCGGAGGUUUUGUGAACAUCUGGACUGUCCGACUAACUGGAAUGAUGCCAACGGAGAAAACUGCUGCAUCCAUCACGCUAACAUCCACUCCUGUCCGAUGGGACACCUGACAGAAAGCAUCUGUGGUCCCUGGAUACCGGAUGACGGGAAAAUAUUCACACACACCAUCUCUACCUCUGGCAAGAUGACCCAGACCAACUGGACUGCCAAGGUGGUUUUGGUCCACGCCGGCUUAACCUCGCUCAUCGCUCACAUACGAGUCGGCCGCAUGCAGGUUGCUCUGGAGGCCAAGAGCACGGUUCAGCCUGCUGUAGUGUGUGGCGAUGGCGUCUGUGAGGAGGCGGAGCUUUGCUCUACCUGUCCAGCUGACUGCGGUGAAUGCCCCAUGACGCCCACCACCAAGCUGGCCAUCGGCCUGCCGCUCAGCCUGCUAUGCCUCUGCGUCACACUGACGGCUGUGUGGCUGAGGUACCAGAAACAGAAGCUGUUUUGGGACGAGAGCUGGAUCAUCGACUUCGAUAAGAUAAAGCAAGAUCAUGAGGCUCGUAUGACCAUGGGCAGUAUAAUCAGCGCCCAUGUGGGGAACAGCAACAGUAACACCAGCUGCGUGACGGCUCUCAGCUGCUAUAUGGCUCAACCGGGGAGCCGGAAAACACCGUUCACCUUCACCGGGUUAUAUGAUGGAAGAACGGUGGCCAUCAAGAGGAUUCAAAGCAAGACUUUCUCUCUUUCCAAAACCAUCAGACAGGAAGUCAAACAAGUCAGGGAGCUCGAUCACCCCAACCUGUGUAAGUUUAUUGGCGGUUGUGUGGAGGUGCCUAAUGUUGCCAUAGUGACAGAGUACUGCCCGAAAGGAAGCCUCAACGAUGUUCUUCUUAACGAGGAGAUCCCGCUGAACUGGGGCUUCAGGUUUUCCUUCGCAACGGACAUCGCCAGAGGCAUUUCGUACCUCCACCAACACAAGAUCUGUCACGGCCGACUCAAGUCCCUGAACUGUGUGUUAGACGAUCGCUGGGUCUGCAAAAUAACAGAUUACGGGCUGAGGACGUACCGCCGGGACGAGGGGGCGGAGCCUCUGUCCACCUAUCAGCAGAGACUGCUGGAGGUCUACAUGCCGCCCGAGUUUCAGAACUCCAACAUGGAGCCGACGCUGGCUGGAGACGUGUUCAGUUACUCCAUCAUUCUGCUGGAGAUCGCCACUCGCAGCGACCCCGUCCCGGCGGAGGAGAGUAACGUGGACAGCGCCUGGUGUCGUCCCCUCCCCGAGCUGAUCUCCAGUAAAGCCGACAACACCUGUCCCUGUCCCGCCGAAUACGUAGAGCUGAUCCGGCGAUGUCGCUCCCAUAACCCCGCCCACAGACCCACGUUUGAACAAAUCAGGAAGUUUGUUCACCGGAUCAACCCAAUCAAAGUCAGCCCAGUAGACAUGAUGAUGAACCUGAUGGAGAAGUACAGUAAACAUCUGGAGGUGUUGGUGGCUGAACGCACUCAGGAUCUGAUGCACGAGAAACAGAAAACAGACCGACUGCUUUACAGUAUGCUUCCCAGACAGGUGGCUGAUGACCUGCGGCAGGGCAAACCCAUGCAGGCUCAGAGCUACGUCAGCGCCACCGUCUUCUUCAGUGACAUCGUGGGUUUCACCCAGCUGUCCAGUAGCAGCACUCCGUACCAGGUGGUCGACUUCCUGAACAAACUCUACACCACGUUCGACGACAUCAUCGACAACUACGACGUCUACAAGGUGGAGACCAUCGGAGACGCAUACAUGGUGGUGUCUGGCGUUCCUCUGGAGAACGGGAUCCUUCACGCCGCCGAGAUCGCCAGCAUGGCUCUGGACCUGGUGGGCGUCUGUCGCACCUUCAGGAUCCCCCACAAACCCAACACACAGCUGCAGAUACGGGCCGGGAUACACUCAGGUCCGGUGGUAGCGGGGGUUGUGGGGACCAAGAUGCCUCGUUACUGUCUGUUUGGAGAUACAGUCAACACAGCAUCAAGGAUGGAGUCCACCAGCCUGGCCCUGAAGAUCCAGAGCAGCUGCAGUACGUUCUACCUGCUGGAGGAGAUCGGAGGCUACGAGCUGCAGUGCAGAGGGACGAUGCAGGUCAAGGGGAAGGGGGACAUGGUGACCUACUGGCUGGAGGGGAAGAAAACCUCUCUUGUCUCCAAGGAAGCCGACGCCACGGCAACCAAACACAUCCCCACGGAGACGGAGACGGAAACGGAGACGGAGACGGAGCUUUACUCGUCCGUGCCGGGGUUUCUGAGCGGAGGUCCGGACUGAUCCCCCAAAACGCCUCCUGUUAGCAGCGCUGCUCCUGGAAACAUCUCUGUCGCUGUUCUGAUGUUUUUUGGCACUUUCUCUUCCCGAAAGGUUUUAACGUGUUUAUCCGGCUUUAUUUUGGACAUUUUUGUUGCUUUUUGACCCUUUUUUUUGCCAUUUGUUGACAUUGUCGUUGCUGUUUUGUACCGUUACGUGUAAAUGCUUUU